AUGGCGGGAAAUGACUGGAUAAACAGUUACCUGGAGGCAAUACUGGACGUGGACACAGGAGGGAUCAAUGAUAAUAACAAUAAUAAUAAAUCAUCGUCUCUUCUGUUGCGAGAGCGAGGUCGCUUCAGCCCCGCCCAAUACUUCGUCGAGGAAGUCAUCACCGGCUUCAACGAGACCGAUCUCCACCGCUCUUGGGUUCGCGCAUCAUCAAUUCGGAAUUCGGAGGAGAGGAAUACGAGGUUGGAGAAUAUGUGUUGGAGGAUUUGGACCUUGGCUCGUAAGAAAAAACAGAUUGAGGUUGAAGAAUCACAACGCAGGACAAAAAGGCGUCUAGAACGUGAAAAUGCACAUCGGGAAGCAACUGCUGAUAUGUCGGAGGACUUAUCGGAAGGAGAAAAGGGAGACACGGUUUGUGAUAUUUCAGUUCGUGGCGAUAGUGUUAGAGGAAGAAUGCCUAGGGUUAGCUCUAUUGAUAUGAUGGCUAACUUGGCUAGUCCUCACGCAGAUAAGAAACUUUAUAUUGUGUUGGUCAGGUAUUAUCUAUAUACCAUUGCCUCUUUAGUUUCAUCUGCAUGCAAUAAUCUUGAUUAAUGUGAUGGUUCAUUUCUUUUCAAUCUCUGCAGUCUUCAUGGAUUGAUCCGCGGAGAAAACAUGGAACUUGGUCGUGACUCUGAUACUGGAGGUCAGGUUAAGUAUGUGGUGGAACUAGCCAGAGCGUUGGGCUCGACGCCUGGAGUUUAUCGUGUUGAUUUGCUUACAAGGCAAGUAUUGGCACCAGAUGUGGACUGGACAUACGGUGAACCAACAGAGAUGUUAAAUCCAUUAAACCCCGAGAACCACUUUAACGAAAUUGGGGAGAGUGGUGGUGCAUAUAUUGUCCGCAUACCCUUUGGCCCUAAAGAUAAGUACCUCUCUAAAGAAGUUUUGUGGCCUCAUAUUCCGGAAUUUGUUGACGGUGCACUUGGCCACAUUCUGCAGAUGUCUAAGGUCCUCGGCAAGCAAAUCGGCAGUGAGAAACCACUCUGGCCCAUUGCUAUCCACGGACACUAUGCCGAUGCAGGAAACUCAGCUGCUCUUCUCUCUGGAGUGUUAAAUGUGCCAAUGGUCUUCACUGGCCAUUCACUCGGGCGUGACAAGCUGGAACAACUCUUGAAGCAAGGGAGGCAAUCGAGGGAGGAGAUAAAUUCCACUUACAAAAUAAUGAGGCGUAUAGAGGCUGAGGAGAUCACUCUUGAUGUUUCUGAAGUAAUAAUUACCAGCACCAGACAGGAAAUAGAAGAGCAGUGGCGUCUCUACGACGGCUUUGAUCCAGUUUUAGAGCGCAAACUUCGAGCUCGUAUCAAACGUAAUGUCAGCUGUCAUGGGAGGUUCAUGCCUCGCAUGGUUGUAAUCCCUCCUGGAAUGGAAUUCCGUAAUAUUGUCUCACAAGAUGGAGACAUAGAUGGAGAAAUAGAAGGAAACGAAGAUAGUUACGGCGCUCAUGAUCCGCCUAUUUGGUCAGAGAUUAUGCGCUUCUUUACUAAUCCACGCAAGCCUAUGAUACUAGCUCUUGCUAGACCGGACCCAAAGAAGAAUCUAAUCACUUUGGUGAAAGCUUUUGGAGAGUGUCGCCAACUCAGAGAACUUGCAAACCUUACUUUGAUAAUGGGAAACAGAGAUGCGAUCGAUGAUAUGUCUUCUACAAAUUCAUCAGUCCUCCUCUCUAUACUCAAAUUGAUCGACAAAUACGACCUUUACGGUCAAGUGGCAUAUCCUAAGCAUCAUAAGCAAUCUGACGUCCCUGAUAUAUAUCGCCUGGCCGCAAAAACAAAAGGUGUUUUCAUCAAUCCGGCUUACAUCGAGCCAUUUGGUCUCACCUUAAUUGAGGCAGCUGCUCGUGGUCUACCUAUCGUUGCCACAAAAAACGGAGGUCCUGUUGACAUUCACAGGGUUCUUGAUAACGGCGUGCUAGUCGACCCACACGAUCAUCAGUCCAUUGCAGAUGCCCUGCUGAAGCUCGUUUCGGAGAAGCAACUCUGGUGUAGAUGCAGGGAUCAUGGAUUAAACAAUAUUCAUCUAUUCUCAUGGCCGGAGCAUUGCAAGACGUAUUUAGCCCGAGUAACGAGUUGCAAGCAAAGGCAGCCAAAAUGGCAAAGAAGUGAAACCGCCAACCCAGAUUCAGAAUCCGAUUCUCCUGGUGGUUCCUUGAGAGAUAUUCACGACCUAUCAUUAAGUCUGAAGAUUUCGUUAGACGGUGAGAAGAACGAAGGGAUUGGCAGUUUAGUUCUCAAAGGCCAAGAAAUGGCAACUGACAGUAAUACAAACCAGAUCAAGAGUGCACCUCUCAAACUGUCGUCUGCAAAUGAGUCAAUGGAGAAACAAGAAAAUUCUAGAUUCCCAUCACUGAGGACGAGGAAAUUCAUCGUCGUCAUUGCUGUCGAUUCUGAUUCAGUAGCUGAUAUUCUAGAUAUCACGAAAAUAAUAUUUGAAGUCAUUAAAACAGAUAAUAAGGAUACGGCAUCUCAGCACUCUAUCGGCUUCAUUUUAUCUACAUCUUGGAGUAUGUCUGAGAUAAACUGUGUCCUGGAGAAAGCUGGGUUGAAAUCCAGUUACUUUGAUGCAUUUAUAUGUAACAGCGGAAGCGAGAUAUACUAUCCAUCUCCAAAUUCUUCGGAAUCUCAGUACAUUAUGGAUUCAGAUUAUCAUCCACACAUCGACUAUCGGUGGGGUGGAGAAAGCUUGAGGAAUACACUGGUGAGGUGGGCUAAUUCUAUUAAUGAUAAAAAGAAAGAACCUGUCAUCACCGAACUUGACUCGGGGUCUUCACACUGCUACGAAUUUAGAGUUCGGGACCCAUCAUUGGUUCCUCCAUUUAAGGAACUUAGGAGAUUGAUGAGAAUCCAGGCGCUCCGUUGCCAUGCGAUAUACUGCAAAAACGGGGAAAGGAUAAACGUGAUACCAAUACUUGCGUCUAGAGCACAAGCACUAAGGUAUUUGUAUGUUAGAUGGGGGAUGGAGUUGUCAAAAGUGGUGGUGUUUAUGGGAGAGAGCGGAGAUUCUGAUUACGAGGGAUUGCUUGGUGGACUACACACAAGCGUGAUUCUAAAGGGGCUGAGCAUUGGUUCCAGUAAAAUACACGACAAUAGAAGCUAUCCUCUCGAACACGUUAUACCAACAGAUAAUACAAAGAGUGUUGAAUGCGAUAAAUGUGACAGAGAUGGCAUCAAAGCAACACUUGGGAAGCUAGGCCUUCUAAAGAGUUAG